GCUGAGCGCUUCGCAUCCACAUUCUACAACCCGAUGUCUUCCAUCCUCAGCUAGGCUACAAGACCCUGGCUCACGACUCUCUUUAAAAUCCAAACCAAGCCUUUACAUUCAUUACAUUUCAAAGAGACACAGCAACAACAUCCAUCAUGAAGCGACAACACGUCGCCCUGCCGGGCCUCAAAUCUCUGGCCGCCGCCAUCCUCGUUGCGCGCGUCGCCGAGGGCGCAAAGACCUACUGCGCCAACCAAGACAACGUCGUCGUGACGGACGCCAACUGCGACGGCACGAAGCCCGCCGACACCUUUUUCAUGUUCUUUAGCGAAGAAGACUCUAUCGCGCUCGGCAGCGCCGUCGACCCUCUCAAGACGGACCUGUAUGACAGCGCUGACCCGGUCGAGCGACAGAAUGCCAGGUUUCCUUUCGAAGUUGAUGAGGCCAAGUUCGAGACUAGAGACAUGGAGCCUGGCGGGUUCGGCAGGCGAGCUUGUGGAGGUAAUGGCGGUGGCAGAGUUGGAGGCGGGUAUAUUGGAAGACCAAUUGGUGGUGGCUACUAUGGUGGCUAAAGUGGCAUUCUUUGGAGAGGGAGAGCGAAUACUUUUGAAGGUCUUACUGUUCAUAUUAUACCACAAUAUACAGC